UUUGGACAGUUAUGGAGGUUGGAACCAAUACCAUCUGAGAAGAAAUCCAUGUGGAGAAGAGAGAUGGAAUGGCUUCUUUGUAUUAGUGAUCACAUAGUUGAGUUGACACCAUCAUUGCAAACAUUUCCUGAUGGAAGCAAGCUGGAGGUCAUGACUUGCAGGCAACGGUCUGAUCUAUAUAUUAAUCUUCCAGCAUUACGGAAACUCGAUAAUAUGCUACUUGAACUAUUGGAUGGUUUCAGAAACCCGGAAUUCUGGUACGUUGAUCAAGGUAUAUUAGCCUCAGAUACUGAUGGCUCAGCUUCCUUUCGAAAGCUUACUCUUCCUUUUCAAGAAGAGAAAUGGUGGCUACCGGUGCCUCGUGUUCCUCCUGGUGGAAUCCCAGAUACUACCAGAAAGGAAUUGCAAAACAAUCGCGAAUGCACUAACCAAAUCCUGAAAGCUGCAAUGGCUAUCAAUAACAAUGCCUUGGCUGAAAUGGAGAUCCCUGAUUCAUACCUUGAUUCUCUUCCGAAGAAUGGAAGGGCCAGCCUUGGUGAUGUAAUAUACCGUCACAUCACCUCCGAACAAUUCUCUCCUGAUUGCCUCCUGGCUUGCCUUGACCUUUCUUCCGAGCACCAAGCUCUAGAGAUUGCGAACCGUGUCGAAGCAACAACAUAUCUAUGGCGUCGAAGAACUACUGCACGACCUAUGAACUCAACAUGUUCCAAAAAUAAACCAUCUUGGGGUAUGAUAAAAGACAUGAUUGUAGACAUAGACAAAAGAGAGCUUCUCGCAGGUAGAGCUGAGAGCCUUUUGCUGAGUUUGAAGCAAAGGUUCCCUGCUCUCACACAAACAACGCUAGACAUGACCAAAAUUCAAUACAACAAGGAUGUCGGAAAGUCUAUCUUAGAAAGCUAUUCUAGAGUUUUAGAGAGCCUUGCAUUUAACAUCAUUGCACGUAUCGAUGAUCUACUUUAUGCCGAUGAUAUGGCUAAGUAUUCUGAUCAGUUCUCAUCUGCUCCUGCAGCCAACAUUGCUUCUCAUAACAGAGUCCCAUUUUCUUGCUCAGGAACUCAAUAUGCAACUCCAAGUUUCUCUCCUUCUCUACUUGUUAGCCCUGCAAGAGAGGAAAGGUCACCCUUCAACCGCAAGGCUGUUAACCUUGGAGUCGGUGUGAAGAAAGUUUUGAUAGACUACCUUGGCCUGGAAGUUAAGGCCAAAAACAGCAGGAACUUGCUCGAUGUGUCGCGGCCAAUCCUAAGCAUGAACCAGAAAACCCAUAAGAAUUAG